AUGAGUCGAAGUGUAUAUUUUCAACCGAAAGGCGGUGGUGGCGGCGGUGGUAGAAUUGACGGAGGCCCCACAAGUUGUUAUUUCACCCCUGGCGGGGGAGGCGCGUAUGGUGGAAGUGGAAGUGGAGGUGGAGCUCCAAGAGGAGGUCAAUACAGUGGUGGUGGUGCUGGUGGCGGUAGUGGUGGUGGUAGUGACGGUGGCGGAGCUCGAAGUGCCUACUUCGGAGUCGGAGGAAGCACUUCUGACGGAGGCGCCCGUAGUGCAUAUUUCAGCGUUGGAGGAGGCAGCAGCGGUGGCAGCAGUGGAGGUGGCGGUGGAUUCUCCUCUGCUAGCGCUGGCCGCGACAGUGGACGUAUUAGUGGUAGUGGUGGCGGUAGCGACGGUGGUGGGGCUCGAAGCGCCUACUUCGGAGUUGGAGGAGGUGCUUCUGACGGAGGCGCUCGAAGCGCCUACUUCGGAGUUGGGGGUGGUGGCGGUGAAUCAUCUGGAUCUGCAGCGCGCGGCGGUUCUGGAGAACGUCGCAGUAGCGGUUAUGGGGGUGGCGGUGGUAAUGAUGGUGGCGGCGCUCGUAGCGCCUACUUUGGAGUCGGAAGAGACGGUGGUCCUGACGUAGGGUUAGUUGCCGUCUAG